AUGCGGAGAGCGCAACAUUUGCGAGUGGAAAAGUGGAGCAAGAUCUUGCGCAAGCGCAACCUCAAAUGUACAGGAUGUGGCAGCAAGGUCGAGCUGUUCCGUCCCAAGCCCAAGGUCCACUUCAGCGACCAGGAGACGCUCGAGGAGGACGUGCGGUUCGACGCGGACAGCGGCAAUGAGGCGGAGGGGGUGUGCAAGCCCCUCCCAGCGGGCAUCCUUCGCUCGUCGUGGAAGCGCGCGGCCUCACCUGGAGGCAAGCGCGGUGACAAAGGCAAGGGCAGCUCUGUCCAGGAGCUCUUGCAGCAGGCGGUGGCCACAGCGAAGGACCCGCAGCUCCAGGCCGACCUCCAGGCGCAGCUGGGCAAGCUGGGCCAGGGGGGGCCAUCCCGCCACGCCGAGGGUGAGCGUGUCGGAGUUCAGGCGAAGGAAAAGCCAGCGGCCCUAGCUCUUGCGGAGGCGGCGGACAGCAAGCUCCAGGCAGCCCAGGCAGUCGCCAAGGCGGAGGGAGUGAAGAUCGACGACGCCGCCAACGGCAAGAGCGAGGGCAACCAGGACAAUCCCAUGAUCAGCGCGCGGUGGGACGAGUCCUUCUUCGACAGCCUUGACGACUCAGAGGCGACGGAGACGGAGAAGACAGCGCUGGCGGGCCUUCGAGACCAGCUCAAGGGUGUGAAACCUCACCUCCUGGGCAAAGAGACAGAGAUCCAGCAGUGGCUGCAGAUGGUCCAGGCACAUCGGAUGGAGAUCGAGGGGCGGCUUGCCAAGAAGCGGCGCCAGGCCGUGCCAGACGAUCCCACAG